GUAUUUGCAGCAAAAAAAAAUAAAGAAUUUGAAUUGAAAAGUGGAAAAUUAUUAUAUAGUGAAGAUUUUGCAAGUUUUUACACAUUGGGCGAAACUGGAAUCGUAGUAAUUUCAUCAUUUUUAUCCGAAAGUCGUAAUGACAUAACAGUUGAGAUGGAUAUGAUGAAAGGAUUAAAUCAUGGAUUUGAGUUACUUGCCCAAGCACGCGUUAAGAAGCUUGUGUUAGAUUUACAAAAUAACUAUGGAGGAUUUAUAAAAGUGUCACAAUUUGUUGUUCAUCGCCUCUUUCUCUCAGUAAAUCCAUUCUUCCCAAAUGACAAUUUAGUCACGCCAUUGUUUUCCUUAUCAGUUCGAAGAGCAUCAGAAAUAUCAGGGUCGUUCACUGAGUUCAGUCCAAAGGCAUACCUUAAUGCAUAUACGCAGCAACAAUUUAAUGAUACAACGGACUUCCUUGGCGAAAAUUUCCAAACUCGGGACAAUCAUAGAGUUCGUACAACAAAUAAAUAUAUUGACGCGAACAAUACACAAGAUUUUCAAGAAAUAAUUGGAUCAAAUGCUAAACCGCUUCCGUGGCAAUCAAAAAAUAUGGUCAUAUUAACAAAUGGUUUAUGUGGAUCCGCAUGUGCAGCGCUAGCGCAGCAUUUAUCAGAUUACGAAAAUGUCAAGACAGUUGCAGUUGGUGGAUUCUAUAACAGGCCUAUGUCAUAUUCGAGUUUUAUCGGUGGAAGUGUAUUAGACUUUGAAUCAUUGAUGGGAACGCUGAAAGAAUUAAACGUGACAGAUUAUAACAUUGCGCCUAGAGAGUUUUUAAUAAGUGCAAAUUUUAAUUUCACUUUCAGAGAGAUUUAUGGAUGGAAAGACGAGAGAGUGUUGUUGGAAUUUAGUUUUAAACCAGCAAAGAAAAGACUAUAUUAUAACGAUAAAAAUGUUAGGGACCCUAGUUUGUUGUGGGUUGAGAGGGACCAAAGGCCUCACCUAGACUAUGAUACUAGCGAUGAA